AUGGUGCUCAGCCUGGCCAUGGACUCCAGAGAGGAUGGGGACAGCUGGAUGGAGGAACAGUGGGAGAAAUGUCAUCCGCUGCUGACUUUAAUGGCUCCAUUGGAGGACCCACGCAGAGGUCCAGUGGCAUCCUGCCCUGCCCUGCAGAUGGUGCUCAGCCUGGCCAUGGACUCCAGAGAGGAUGGGGACAGCUGGAUGGAGGAACAGUGGGAGAAAUGGUUAACCCAUGACAUCAGUCUGAAUGAAUACGAGGAUGACGACCUGUCAGAAAUGACAGAAAUCACGGAUGAGAAUGGAAUCACUCUCAGCCAGCUCGACCUCGACCCUAAAGAUCACAUGAUUCAGCCAACCAAUGGUACGCCGAGGAGCGGCCGGAGGAGGAGGGUGGUGGAGCUGCAGACGGAGAUGCUCCACUUGGACCUGAUUGAUGCAGAGGGAGGAAUCUUUGAAGAAGAGGAGGAAGAGGAGAACGAGAGGCCGCCGGUUGAUGCCGUCGAUGACAACCACAAGGAAGAGCAGGGCGCAGGGCCGCCUGUCACUCAGCCUCAGCUAAAGGAUUUAAUCCCUGCCGUCGCCAUGGAUACAUACCGGCCCAAGAGACCCACCACCCUGAAUCUUUUCCCCCAAGUGCCAAGGACUCAGGACACAAUAAAUAACAAUUCCUUUGGUGAGAAAGAGCGGAGGAAAGAAAAGAAAACCCAUUCUUCAUCACCACACAUUAAGGGAGAUCCCGCGGUCAAACCUGAGCAGGUUAGCCUGACCGAUGGGGACAAAGUUCAGGCCAGGGCUGGCACCAAACCACGGGGCCCUGCCUCCUCCACGAACAAAGCCUCAGCCUUUCACACCAAGAAGCAGGAUAAGUUGUCCGAGCCUUUGAACAAGCCCAAUGUGGUAGCACCCCUUACGCAGACAGUCAUGAGGGAAAAAUCCACGGAAGCGACCCUGAUAGAGGGUGUCCUUGACAUCCCAACCAUUUGCAAGGAAAAAGCGCGGUAUCACACCGUCAAUGGCUAUCGGGAACAAGUGCAGUAUCCUGCGGAGAAUGAAGGUACGUGUGACCAGUUGGUCGACAAAAACAAGGACUAUCACAUUUCAGAAGGAAAUGCAACAGAGGAGAUCCACCUCACACCAGUCAACGGUGAACAAGAGCGACCAUUUCUGUCCCAGAGCAGCGACAGCAACCGCAUGUCCAUUAGUUCGGACACAGAGCUUCCUCUGCUUCACUACUACCCAUCAGCGGGGUGUCCGAACCCGUCUAUUAGUGAGGAGGAUGAGGUAUACCCACCCACGCCCCCAUGCCGGACUGUCAGCCUCAGAAAUGUGGGGGACGCUUGUCAGUGGGCUGAAACCCAUAAGCCUAAAUUGGUGAAGGAGGACACAGGGAACUUAAAGGCAGUGGCGGUCAGCACGGAUGCUUCGGGAUUGACGUAUGACUCAGUUAAGUACACCCUGGUGGUGGAUGAGCAUGCUAAGCUCGAGCUAGUGAGUAUCAAGGACUGCUACAAAGGUUACGAAAGUGACAGUGACAAUACCGUCUAUGAGUCUGCCAUCGAUGAGGACGAGGAGGAUCAGGAAGUGGACGAAGAGGAGGAAGAGUCGGGAGCGAGAAGCAUGAGGAGAGACACUUCCUGUUUGUCUGCGGAUUCCACCACAGACACCACCUCAGACAUGCCCCGUUCCCGCAAGUUCAUGAACGUCUUUGUGAAUGGACGGUCACGUUUCUCUGCUGCUGAGUUUGGAUUCUUCUCCUGUGUUAUUAAUGGAGAGGAAAGAGAACAGAGCCACAGAGCAGUGUUCAGGUUUAGUCCUCGCCAUGAUGAUGAGUUGGAGUUGGAGGCAGAUGACCCCUUACUGGUUGAGGUGCAGGCCGAGGAUCUAUGGUGCGAGGCCUACAACAUGCGCACUGGAUCCAAAGGCAUCUUCCCUGCAUUUUAUGCCGUCAAGGUGACAAAGGAUGAACUUGUUAAAGAGGUCAAAAGUGACUGGAUGGACAAAUUCUGGGUAAAAUUCCUUGGUUCUGUUCAAGUUCCGUAUCACAAAGGGAAUGAUGUGCUUUGUGCCGCCAUGCACAAGAUAGCAUCAAACAGACGAACGACAAUGCAGUUCAACCCCCCUUCGCCUUGCAUUCUGGAAAUCAACACACAAGGAUUGAAAAUCAUCGUUCAGGAUGACUGUCGGACUUCUGGAAGGGGUGAGAAGUGCUUUCACUUUUUUCAGCUGAAAAACAUCUCCUUCUGUGGGUGCCAUCCGAAGAACAAGAAGUAUUUUGGAGUAAUAACGAAACAUCCAGCAUACCAGAGAUUCGCCUGUCAUGUGUUCUUUUCAGAUGAUACAACCACAAAACUGGCUGAAUCUGUUGGGAAAGCUUUUCAGCAGUUCUACAAAGAACAUAUGGAAUAUUCCUGUCCGACAGAAGACAUCUUCCUCGAAUGACCUUCAGUCUAUUUGUAUUUUUCCAUUAUCACAUACUAUAUGAGGUGUCGCAUGAUGGUGGUUUUGAGCCUCUUUGUACCGUGUUAUGUUGAUGAUAUAAUGUUGAUGAUGUCUAUUUUAGACAAAUGUUAAAAUCGAAACAGAUAUCAGCUACAGCGCAACUACUUUCACAUAGUACAACUCGAGUAUUACUGACUGGUGUAAAGCCUUAUGAAGUUUAAUAACAAAAAAAAAAGUUUACUGUGACUUAUAUGAAUCAUUUGUGCGAAGUCUGGUUUUGAAUUCAUUCGGAGCACAAUGUCUGAUGCAUUAAUGAUGGAUGAAACAUCACAAGGAGAUCUUGAAACAACUGUAUGUAAAAAAAAAUGUACCUUGAAAUAUCAGUUUCAAAAUCAUUCUGAUUGCUCACUUAAUCUGAGUCGAAUGGUUUCUGUUUUUUUUCCCGCGCUCCUCCACAAAUGCCUGGGAGUGUGUGAGUUUGCUGAGUGGCUACGAAAUACCGCGAAAAGGGCGGAUUGCUUUACGGCAGCAACAAAUGCACGUGUACUUUUUACUGUAAUUACGACAGCGAAUUCCACUCUUUUAACACAUACGGUUGCUUUAAAGCUAGACUGGAUCCAAAAUCAAAGAUUAUCUGAAACCAAAGCUAUAUUGGGCCAUGUCCUUCUUCACUCACAGAAUGGAUGUGAACUGAGUAAUUGAAUUCAGCCCAGUCUGUCCAUCUGGUGUCCCACUAUGCGAAACCCCGGGUUGAAGACCACUUUCCAACGUUUCUCACAUUGUUUUGAAAGGGUGGUUAGCACCGCUUUGAACCCAAGGUUAUGAACCCGUGAUCCAGAGCAUUGCUGUGCCACAAUUUCAAGCGUUGUAUGUUAAAUAGGGUAAUUGCUGCCGUUUUUCUUCAGUCAGUUGAGCACUACAGAGUCUCACAAAUACAAUAUGGCAUCCAUGCUCACGUCUGUGAAUGCUUUUUCUUUUUGGUUCUCGUAUUUAGUGUUUAUGUGUGUUUAUAUUCCCAUAUGUUGCUCUGUUAAACAGAACGUAGUCUGGGUUUAUUCGCAUUCUGCUUCAAUCUCGGUAUCCCUGACGUAUGUAGCUGUGAAAACCAAAUAAUUAUAUUUUCUUUUUAUAUAUUAUAUAU